CUUUCUUGACUUCCUCGUGCUCCAGAUGGUCGUUUUACAUGUUGUGCUUUACUCCUGCCAAUGGUUGAAUAGCCGCGGUGAGGAAUGGACAUGGAAGGAAGAGCAUAAUCAAUGUGCAUUUUAGAGUGGAGGGUGAAUGGUGGAAAAACGCUGGUUUUGGUGAUUAUGUCUAGUGGGACGGGGGGAGGGGGGAUCUGAUGCUUGUUUUAGUUCACUCAUAUUGGUACAGGAUUCGAUUCUAUCUGUUUCUUUCUUGACUUCCUCGUGCUCCAGAUGGUCGUUUUACAUGUUGUGCUUUACUCCUGCCAAUGGUUGAAUAGCCGCGGUGAGGAAUGGACAUGGAAGGAAGAGCAUAAUCUCCAUGGGAUACAAAAUAUAAUUAAAAGCAAAGCAUCGUAAUCGUCUUUAAAUGAUCGUGUUCAUCACAUUAUCUAGCAGGAAUAAAUCAAGGAAAGAGGAAGAUCCGAUGAUGAUUUGGAGCUUACAUCAUAGAGCAUUGCUUAACAUAAUCAUUCUAAAUUUUAACUGAAUAUUUUAGUAGUGUUGUAGCUCUACAAGCUAAAACUGUUUCCUCUGGUAAGAAUUCAGGCAGAAAACCAAUUCGACAGAGAGAGCAAGAUGGGAACUCCUUCAGAAAUGAAGCCAGCCUACAUCGCAACCUUGGAGGAAGACUGGAAGAGCCUGGCUGAAUUCUAUGAGAAACAUAAAGAUCGCCUGUUGACUCCAAUGCCAGUCUCCAAAGAUACUGCAUUUCAUAUGGCUGUCUACAGUGAAGAUGAGAAAUUGCUCAAGUGUCUUCUUGAUUACGCACAGGAUGUGCCUACGUCCCAGGAUCAUAAACAUCCCAUUAGUAUUACAAAUGUUUAUGGACACACACCACUUCAUUUAGCAGCCAGCAGAGGAAACUCUGAGGCAGUAAAGCUCUUGGUGGAGGAAUCAAAGAAAAUCCUUGUGGGUGAAUCAGAAAAUGAGAAAAAAGAUAUAAUGUUGAUGAAAAACAAGUUCGGCGAGACCCCUUUGUUUAGAGCUGCUGCGUUUGGUCAGACUAAAAUAGUCAAGUAUUUGACUCAUCAACCUGCACAAAUAGUCAAUGAUGAGCUUUUAUUAGUUCAUCGCCAAAGGAAUGAUGGACAAUCUAUUCUUCAUGUUGCAGUCCUAGGGGAGAAUUUUGAAACUGCUGUGCUGCUGUUAGAACUUGAUAAAUCACUUAGCAAGUUGACAGACAGCGGGGGGAAAACUUGUCUUGGUUUGUUGGCCGAGAUACCUUCCGCUUUCAAGAGUGGACACUCUAUGAGUAUAUUCAGCCGAUACCUUUACAUGUGUCUUCCGGUUCAAGAUGAGUGUGAUGGGGCCAUCAAUGAAGAAACCCGAAGAGUUCGGGAAGAUCCGGAGAGUGGCCAAAGGAGGAAUAUGAAUAGUCGAUUUAGCAACCAUGUCCACGGAGUGUUAGAAUGGAUCAACGGAUCAGUCUGCAGAUUCUCCUUCAAAGGGUGGCCGAUGGUGGAAAGAAUCUGGGAAAAUAAGAGGAAGCAUAAAUUUGCCUUGCGACUGGCAAAAAUGCUAAUAAAGAGUGAUGUUUCGUGGGAUCAAGUUAUUGCUGUACAGGGCCUGUAUGGAGCUAGCACUGGAUCCCCUGUCUCUGGUCCUUCGCAUCCUUUGCUUACAGCAACAAAAACAGGAAUACUAGAGGUUGUUUAUGAAAUGCUCACAGAGCAUCCCCCGUCUGUUGAUCUUCUUGACAAAGAAGGGAAGAACAUAUUGCAUGUAGCUAUAAUGUACAGACGCAAGGAUAUUUUCAAUCUUAUACAGAGUAACCGGAUAAUAUCGAAUAGGAUGAGCUAUGGAAUUGGCAAAGAUGGCUACACAUUGUUGCACCAAGUAGCAAACAACAAGUAUUACUCUGUAGGAAGCAAGCAUGGUCCUGCACUACAAUUACACGAAGAGUUAAAAUGGUUCACACGUGUCGAGAAGGUCAUCCCUUCUUAUUAUGCCAAGCUCCGCGACUCUAAGCGUAAAAUGACUGCAGAGGAGCUCUUCAAUUAUAUGCACAAAAAGCAACUCCUGGCCGCACAACAAUGGGUCAAGGAAACUGCUCAGUCAUGUUCAGCUGUAGCUGUUCUUGUUGCUACCAUUGUCUUUGCUGCUGCCUACACUGUACCUGGUGGUUCAAAUGAUAAGGGCAUUCCAAUUUUCCUCCACAAAAACUUUUUCUUGUUUUUCACCAUCAUGGAUGUUAUCGCCUUAGCAAGCUCCUUGACCUCAGUUGUGAUGUUCCUCUCUAUCCUCACUUCUCCUUUUGAUUACGAAGAUUUUCGUAACUCAAUCCCUCGAAAAUUGACUUUGGGAUUCACUUUGCUCUUCUUCUCCGUGAUGGCUACCAUGCUUGCUUUCGCUGCCACCAUUUUGCUCAUCGUUCAAUCAGAGAAACAAUUGACAGCAAGUUUGAUUUCAAUGGCCGCAUUUUUUCCCGUCUCCGUGUUUGCAUUGAUGCAGUUCCGUUUGUUUGCUGCAUUCAUGCGUUCCACGAAGGGCAUCCGUAAGGCAAUGAGUAGGUCCCUCCCUUGGUUUGGUGCCCCUUCACUGUUUCGCAAGAGAAAGCAGCGUCGACAUUUAUUUCAGAAAAAGUAAGUUUCAGAAUCAGAUUAUUACUCUGGAUUUUGAUUUUAAGGUGGGGAUAUUAGUGCCAGUUCAUACCAACAACUGUAUGAGAGAGUAUUAGCAGCUGAUACUCUUUAUCACACGGUCCUACUUAUCAAUCACCUGUUAUAGUCUACCUGCAAUUCCACUGAAUCUCUAGUGGCUGUGUUUACUGAAGAUUCCUUCGUCAACAUCUACGUGAGGCCAACAACGUGGUCAAUUCACUUGCUAUCUUCUUUUGGUUAAUAAAUUGAAUCUACUGUUCUGUUUUUUUCUGCUACUCCCUCCUGUAGCAUCUGUUCUGCUUAAGCAUCUUUGUGUUUAUUGCUCAGAAAAAAUAAAAUAAAAUGUAAACGAACUUACUAUUUGCUAUUUGGUUCUGGUUUUAAGCACGUCUAGCUAGG